CGCAACUCCACCACUUUCAACUGCAUGGCUGCUACGACGACGACGACGACAACAACAACAACAAGAACGACAACAGUGACAACGCAUCUAUACUGCUCCAUGCAGUGACACAGAGAGAGAGGGAGGAAGCAGUCCUGGCCAGAAUGCUUUGUGGAGCUCGUCGUACACAGGACUAUCCCAAUAAUAUCGACCAUGAUACCCACGAUCAACAGGGGCUGGAGGCUGAAAUAUCAACUCUAACCUGACGCCCCCAAAAGGAAUGACCAGUGGCUUGAUGCUACAGGACCUUCCGCAUGUUGGUCUCAGGGAAGAGGAACAAGACGAGAGGCGCUGUCAAGGUGGUUCGUUUCUCACCCGGAUUCGAGCUUUUUGCAGCCUCAGCCAGGGAUUCUUUUUCUUUUUCUUUAUAAGGUCCCACAUCCUAGCAGGCAGCGAGCAAUCAGCAUUUCCAUCACAGAACUUGGGCUAGAGAUUUCAGUCCUGUGUUACAAGGGCUGCUCCAUCAUCAUGGCCAUAAUAAUAAUAACCCUUGCAGUCGUGGUAUAUAAGGAGGCUGCUGGUCUGGAGCAGGUAGGUCGACUUUGCUGGGACUGUCAGUUGCGGUCUUGUCUGGCCUAAAUGUUGGGAAGAGGAAACAUCGAGUUACAGGAUAGUGAAUGCGAAGAAAUCUAAUUUGAUUGCGGAAAGCCACAACCAAUAUAUCGAUACUCCGUACUCGGCCUGGGCUUUCUAAAAGGCAAAUGGCUCCGGCAACAGCUCAGAGUGUGGACGAAGAGACGCCUCUGCUUCGUUCAGAUGGAGGUGACGGAUUCCCAGGUUACGACAUAGCCAGGGCUCAGUCUGUUAUCAGUACAGAUGGAAUUGAUCCCACGAUUCAGGCUGUUAUGACUCCGGAAGACAACAGAUCCUCCUGCACCAACCAUGGAGCAGCAGCAGACAACCAAGAGAAAGAGGCACAUCCUCACUUCAUCAACGUUACCCAAAAAGAAUUCUGGGCCGUCUUCUCCGGAAUUCUGUUCGCCUGGCUUAUAGCCAUGUUUGACUCUACACUGAUGGCCUCCAUCCAUCCUGCCAUUACCUCACAUUUUAACGCCGCGAACUCUGCAGCAUGGCUCUCUACCGUCUUUCUGUUGACUUCGACUGCCUUUCAACCUGUGUUCGGCCGCAUUUCCGAUGUCUUUGGUAGACGGCCGGUCUAUCUGUUUGCCGUUGCCGUUUUCUUCAUCACAACCGCCUGGUGUGCUACUGCUCAGAGCAUCACCAGCUUCAUUGCUGCUCGCGCCUUUUGCGGGUUGGGUGCCGGAGGUGUCGUCUCGGCGGGGAUGAUAAUUAGCUCUGAUCUCAUCCGGAUAGAGUACAGGGGCAUGUAUCAGUCAUACAUCAACCUGUGUAAUGGCAUCGGCUCGUCAUUGGGCGUCGCUUGCGGUGGCUAUAUUGCAGACACUCUUGGUUGGAGGGCUGCGUUUGGUAUCCAGCUGCCCUUCAUCUUUGUUUACUUGAUAAUAUCAUAUUUUGUCGUCCCAACUUCCCUGGGGCCAGAACUCGCUCGCAACGAAGGCUGGACGCUCGUGCAAGCAGUCAAGACCCUUGAUAUAAAGGGCUCGUUUCUGCUCAUCACCGGAGUCACCUCAUUAUUACUUACUUUGAACCUGGGAGGAAGCGUCCUGCCUUGGUCUCACCCUGUCAUCAUUGUGUCUCUUCUGGUGUUCUGUGUCUGUCUGAUUCCAUUCCUGAAGAUCGAAGCGAGGGCCAAACGACCGGUCAUGCCGCUGCCCUUGCUGUCCACCUUCCCUCAGGCAAACCUGAUCCUGUCGAACUUCUUCGGAACAAUGGUUAUCAACACCAUCCUGUUCAACAUGCCCUUGUUCUUUCAGGCGGUCAAGCUGGAGUCUCUAACCAGUUCUGGACUGAGAAUCCUUGCGUCUUCACUGGCUAUCAUGGCAUCUAGCGUGUUCACGGGCUUCUUCAUUACCUGGAGCGGACGCUUGAAACCCAUGCUCAUAAUAGGGUUCGUCUUUUUCAUCAUUGGAUGUGCCGUCACUAGCUCCAUGAAUAGAGAUACUCCCGGGUGGCUUGCAAUACUCUUUCUCUUACCAUCAGGCUUCGGUCAGGGCUUCGCUAUGCCAGCCACUUUGGUGUCGACUCUUGCAGUCAGCCCCCAGGCUGAACAAGCCGUCACCACCACCACUCUCAGCCUCUUCCGUAAUCUGGGAUCGGUCUUCGGUGUUUCGGUAAGUAGCUGGACACUGCAGAACGCUCUCAUCUACUACCUGACGCAGAGUGUCACCGGCAACGACAGACAAGACGUCAUCAAGCGGGUUCGCCAGUCUAUUACGGAAAUACGUCUGCUGGACCCAAUACAUCAAAGUGAAGUUAUCCAAGGGUAUGAGCAGGCGCUUCACCUGACAUUUAUCGUCGGUGUUGCAUGGGCGACAAUGUCCCUGCUACUCGUACUCCCCGUCAGGCUAGCUCGGCUAAGCCGAAAAGCAUGA